CAUAUUUAAAGAGUGCAGGAGCCCUCCAGUUUAGAUUCUUCAUCAAGCCAAAAGAGGACAAGAAGAAAAAGACAACCUAGUCCGGUAACACUUCCAACUGAAAGAUGCCGAACUGGGGAGGUGGAGCCAAAUGUGGUGCUUGUGACAAGUCAGUGUAUCACGCUGAGGAAAUCCAGUGCAAUGGCAGGAGUUUUCACAAGACAUGCUUCUACUGCAUGGCUUGCAGAAAAGCUCUGGACAGUACCACAGUAGCAGCUCACGAAUCUGAAAUCUAUUGCAAAACCUGUUAUGGGAGAAAAUAUGGUCCCAAAGGUAUUGGGUAUGGACAAGGGGCAGGGUGUCUCAGCACUGAUACUGGAGAACAUCUAGGCUUGGAUCUGCAACACUCUCCAAAACCUGCUCGCCCUUCUACACCUACCAACCCCUCAAAGUUCGCCAAAAAGUUUGGAGAUGUGGAAAAGUGCCCCCGCUGUGGCAAAUCAGUAUAUGCUGCAGAGAAAAUAAUGGGAGGGGGAAAACCUUGGCAUAAGACUUGCUUCCGUUGUGCUUUUUGUGGAAAGAGCCUAGAAUCUACAAAUGUUACAGACAAAGAUGGAGAAAUCUAUUGUAAGGUUUGCUAUGCAAAGAACUUUGGUCCCAAAGGAAUUGGGUUUGGUGGCCUCACUCAAGUGGAAAAGAAAGAAUGAAACUUUUUAUAUCAGGCACAUUUCACAUCUCUGUUGAUGCCACAGAUUUAUUGAUGGCUAAGUAAAACAGUGAUGCAUUGAUAAGAACCUAGGACAUUUUAAAAAACUUCUACUUCUCCAAACUCACUGGAAAGCUUUGUAAGCUUAUCUCUCAAGAAAUUAUUGCAGUAGCUAGAAAAUACAUUUUGACAAAAUGGAUGUAAGCUCAUUCUAUACUGAAAAUAGCCUAAUAUUUUGCUACAUUCUAAUUUGUUUGUAAUAAUAGAAUUUCUUAAUAUGCUACUUUCCCUGGCUAAUGUUAUAUAGUUUUUGGAGUUUGCCAUAUAAUGUGAUGGUCCUAUAAGCAAGGGGCAAAGGAAAGUGUUUUGGAUGUAUACUACUCCAAGGGCAUGUCUACACUACAGAGAAGUAUCAGAGGGGCAGCCGUGUUAGUCUGAAUCUGCAAAAGCAGCGAGGAGUCCUGUGGCACCUUAUAGA